AUAUAUAAAUAUGGCGGUCUACGUUUCUUCUAAUUUCAUCACCCUCCUCCACCUUCCCAACUAUUUACUCCCCCUUUAACAUUUCAUCAUUUUAACAACACAGAUCUCACAUUCUCAAACUUUGCUGCCCCAUUUUUAGGUCUUAAAAUCUUGGAAGCCUAAUGGGGGAAGCUCCAGCUUUCUUUGAUGAACAUACUAGUUUUUCAAAUGGGCUGCAUUUAAAACUGAAGGAAUUUGAAUCUGCUACUGCUGUUGGGAAUAAGACAUAUGUGAUUGGUGGGAGUGGACUUGAUGAUCCAACAUUAAAUGGUGUUCGAGUUUUCGAUAAGUCCACUGGUAGAUGGGUUGUUCCAACCGUCUUAGGAACGAAACCGAAAGCAUUCAACGGCCAUUCAGUGUUGCCUUUGAAUAAAGAGAAAAUAUUGAUUAUUAAACAUAAUUCGAAAUCUGAUGAUGGUGUUUGGUUUCUUGAGGUUGACACCCAAUUUGUUCGAGAUCAGAAGGUUAAGUUUGAAACUGAGGUUGUUGCCUGGAGUAAGGGUGUUAUUGGUGAUGCCGAAAGGCCUAUUGUAAUUAGUGGCCCGUCUGGUGUAGGUAAGGGUACACUAAUUAACAUGUUGAUGAAAGAGUUUCAGACAAUGUUUGGAUUCUCGGUUAGCCACACAACACGAGCGCCGAGAGAAAAGGAGGAAAACGGCAUCCAUUAUCAUUUCACUAACCGAAAUGUUAUGGAGGAAGAAAUAAAAGCUGGGAAGUUUCUCGAGUUUGCUGCUGUUCAUGGAAAUCUUUAUGGGACUAGCAUUGAAGCCGUUGAGGUGGUUGCUGAUGCAGGAAAGAGAUGUAUCCUUGACAUUGAUGUUCAAGGGGCAAGGUCUGUGAGGGCUAGUUCACUUGAAGCUAUUUACAUCUUUAUUUGCCCACCCUCGUUUGAGGAGCUUGAGAAGCGCCUUCGUGCAAGAGGAACAGAGACGGAAGAACAGAUUCAAAAACGGCUCAGGAAUGCUAAGGCUGAACUUGAACAAGGAACAUCUUCUGGUCUUUUUGAUCAUAUCUUGGUGAAUGAUGAUCUCAAGACUUGUUAUGAACGACUUAAGAAAAUCCUGGGUCUUGAUGGAAGUACAAUUACGAAUGCUACUCCAAAAACACCAACUGAGGUGUUCGCUUUGCCAACAGACCUCUCAUUGACCAAAGUCGGUGAAAAGAUCCUGAUAAAAAGCAGGAAUGCUGAUCAAAAGACUGUGCUCGAUUUAUCUUCUAUAAAAGGCGGAGCACCUGGCCGGACUAGAGGGCUAAGUAUACACGCUGCUAAUCAGCAUACAGAUAUUGACAACAAUGGUGGCAAUUUCUAGAGGCUGAUAUCUCCAGCUUUCUUAGUACUAACUAAAGUCAUGAAUUCCUUUCCGAUUUAUUAUAUUAAGGAAAACCCGAAAGAGUUGAAUUCAAAAGAGGCGAAUGAAGGUAGUCUUUUAUUUAUUUAUUUUCUUUAAGUGUUGCAUGAUUCCACUUUGUUCAUUAUUUUUUCCAACUUUUCAGUCAUAUGGAUUAUGCUAAUAGUAGAAGAAUGAAUUAGGUUUUGUAUCAUUGGAACAAAAAUUGCAUCUCAAACUCAUUUCUAUUAUCUGAAAAUGAUUGAUUUAUAAAGUAUGGAAACAGAAAUUAAGGAUUUGUGAUUGGCCACCUAUUAUGGGUGUCAAUGUUAUUGUUUUAA